CACUUGUGUUUCAUGGCUGGGAUUACUGACACAUUCCUUUCAGAUGUUCACAUCGGCACAUUCCACACCCUCUCUGAUCAGGGAACACUUGUGACUAGAUUCUCUUUCACUCUGCCAGUCCCGCAAGAUGGCAGUGCUGCCAAGUCACAGGCUGAGCUGGACGAGGAUGGAGACAUGAUUGUCGUUAGGCGGGCACAGCAUGUCAUACUCAUUGAGCAUGCAAUGAGUACGUCGCUGGAGAAGGUUGGCCAGCAGGUGUGGAGGGGAGCUCUGCUAAUGGUGGACUAUCUCAUUGGUUGGGGUAACUCUAGACUGGAGGAUUCAGUGGUCUUGGAGCUGGGAGCUGGAACUGGGCUCGUCAGCAUUGUCGCAGCAUCAAAAGCCCACCACGUCUUCUGCACUGACACUGGGAAAUCAGUGCUGGAGUUGUGCCAGAGAAAUGUGGAGACCAACACCACCGCUGUGGGGGGUAGGAGUGGAAGCAUUGCAGUCAGAGAGCUCGACUGGAGACAUCCCUUCUCAGAGUCAUCAUCUGCAGGAUUUUGCUGGAGUCAGGAGGACAUGGACUCUCUCUCCCACGUUUCACUGAUACUGGCAUCUGAUGUUGUGUAUGACAAUGACCUGACAGGUGCCUUCUUUAGCUGCUUGGCACGACUAUAUUCCCUCGUCUCAAAGCCUCCGACUGUUUUAGUUUCACUGGAAAAACGAUUGAACUUUUCGCUAGAAGAUCUGGCAGUGGUAGGCCCCUACUAUCAACACUUUACGAGAUGUCUGGAGCAUAGCUACACCACUAGUAAAGGAGAACUAGCGUUCCAUGCUCAGCGGAUUUCCACUGAUUUUCCUCAAUGCUCUAAAUAUGACAGAGUGAAAGAAUUGGAAAUAUGGGAACUAAAUGCCAUUAUAUCUGACGAAACAAUUUAAUGUACUCAUGAUUUUAUCAAUGUUGGUUCACACGCUAUUGUUUGUUCAAGAGAAUAUUUCAUUGGUUGUACUGUGGAAGGAAGUCGAAGUAGGUUCACUGAGCUCGUCGUACAGGUCUCGGGCACGUUGCUCAGAACUUUCCAGCAGACGUGCUCGCUCACAGCGUCUGCGGACACAUCUACACAUUACCGUGUCCCUGAUCCUCUGUUUACAUGUCAGUCCCAACUGAAAUGCCUUCUGGAGCAGUCUUCCUUGAGGAUGUAGGUGGUACACUGGCUUGCACACGUGGAAGUACACGAUGACCCCCCAAAACUGAAGAAACGCGGCUCCAACAAAUAUGUACACGUGAUUGUGAGGUUGAUCCUGUGUGUAGAUAGUUACACUGGACCAAAUGGAGAGGUUGAGAAGAAGCAGUGCUUCUAUGACGUUGACCGAACGUUUCUUGUAUAUUCCACUGCCGUAGAAGUAGUUGGCUGAGAGGAGUAAGGUACAGACCCCAAUGAUCAGAAGCAAGAGAAUGGUGUUGUUUGUCGGGAGUGAGACAGCGCAGAGGACAGCUACUCGAACGAAAAGCUGAAGUCCGACCCAGAAUCGAUACUCGUCCUUGUAGGGCCCGGUGUAGGCAUCAAAGAGUGGCUUCAACUUGUUGAGCCAGUGAAACAUCGACAAGGACGUCAGUCUUGGAAGAUGCUUGAUGAACAAUAAUGCCAGGGAGUACGGUAAGAGAACUACUCCGAAAACUAUGGCAAUUAUGAAAAGAAGCAUGUGUUUUCCAUUGAAGUAGGGUUCGGAAGCAUCGUAGAACCAGAGAAAAUCGGACCCCACACUGGCUGCCGUAACACAUGUCGCUAUGGCACGUAUUAGUUUUGCAUAGGAAAGGAGGAUGAGUGUUGCAAGAACCUUUGUCCCGUUGUUUUUCAACAGCCUCGUGACAAGUGUGGACGUGCGACUCAGCCAGAUAAGGAGGCCUGUUAUCAGCCAGAUGUAGAUGGGAAACACAAACUGAAGGAGAGUUUUGUCGAAAGUUGUCAUACUGUUGUAAAAACAAGCCUGAAUUCCGAGAUCUAGGUUCAGCCAGGCUAUGAAGGCCCGCAAGAAGAUGUAGACUUUGUCGUCUUGCAAUCUCAAUGGAAAAAAGGUGGCCUGGCAGGCUUCAACUAUGUUAGCAUACAGUAUAAACCCAUUUAUUGUUCCCUCGGUCACCGUGAAGUUGAAUCCUAUGAGAAACACUACAAGGAGUACUCCAGCUAGUGCAAAGCCACACGUCAUCCCCAGUGCAUCCAACACACCGUAAUGGGUACAAUUGAUGCAGCGAGGUGUUCCAAACAC